AUGCGGUUCCUCACCACCGCCCUCGUCUUCCUUGCGGUAACAGCGGGAGCAGACUUUCUCCCAGGCCUCCCAACAACACCAUACACCUCAACAGGCGGCACCAUUCCCGCUUCUUCUCUCUCCAAGAUCAUCGUCUCAUCAGCCUACGCAGAUGCCGUCGACGGAAAAGGCCAAACCCUCAUCCCGCCAACUCUACAUGCCUUUGCUACAACCUUUGCAGAGGACCUCGCAUCGUCGCUGAAACUCGAUAUCCCGAUCGAGCUAGGCGAUGCUCCGCAGCAAGGAUCCAUUUUCUUGACGCUGGCGGACGAUGCAAGCCUAUACAAAGACGCUGCUGGGCGCGAGACGUCCGAGGGAUACUCUCUCAAUGUCACGAUCGACGGUGUGCUCAUCACAGGUGCGAGCCCGCUCGGCGUGUGGUGGGGUACUCGGACGGUCCUGCAGCAGCUCGUCCUUGGAGAUGGAGAGUUGAAGUUGGGGUACGGGACAGACAGCCCUGGAUGGGGAACCCGGGGCAUGAUGCUUGAUAUCGCCAGACACUACUACCCAGCCGAAUUCCUCAUCGAAAUGUGCGCUUACAUGUCCUUCUUCAAACAAAACACUUUCCAGCUGCACCUCUCAGACAAUCUCUACAAUAACGUCGCCAUCUACUCACGCGAGCGUAUGCUUUCCCUCUACGCUGCCUUCCGGCUGAACUCCGACGACCCAGCCCUCGAGGGUCUCAACAGGCGCGCAAAUGAGAGCUACACUCGCAAUGUUUUUGACGACGUCCAGGCAAAGUGCGCAGCGCGCGGUGUGACGAUCCUGCCGGAGAUCGAGGCUCCCGGGCACGCUCUCGUGAUUUCGCAGUGGAAGCCCGAGCUGGGGUUGUCCAGCGACUUGAGCUUGCUGAACAUUUCGAACCCGGAGACGAUACCGAUGGUGAAGAAGAUCUGGGAGAUUUUCCUGCCAUGGUUCCAUACCAAGACGGUCUCGAUCGGUGCUGAUGAGUAUGUCGACCCGACGCUGAGUGAAGACGCCCUGGUUGCCGAGUACACGCGAUUUGUGGACGAGAUGAACGACUACAUCACAAGCACAUCCGGUAAGAAGGUCAGGAUCUGGGGCACCUUUGCGCCGUCAGUCGGCGGAACCGUCAACAAGUCCGUUUCGAUCCAGCACUGGGCCAACUUUGAGGCGAACCCGCUCUACGACUUUGUCAACAACGGUUACGAGGUACUCAACUCGGGCGACUACAUUUACACGGUGGGAAAGUGGAGCGAGUGGUAUGGUCAUGAACUCAGCUUGGAAUUCAUCUUUAAUGGCUCGCCCGAUGGAUCGCCAUUUUCGCCAAAUAUUUUUGAUCGCACGAAUGCAUCAAACAAUGCCGCAAGGGACAGUGCAUCGUUGCUAGGCCAUAUUGCGCCGCAAUGGAACGAUUUUGGCCCGAAUGCAACGACGGUGACGGAGGGAUACUACCAAUGGAGGGAUGGCCUGCCUGCUCUCGCGGACAAGCAGUGGGGAGGCGAAGUUGCUGAGGCUGAUUACCAAGGCCUUUUCUCAGCGUUGCAGCCUCUCGCGCCGGGGCAGAACCUUGAUCGAAGAAUCGCAUCCACCGGAUCGACGAUCGUUGAAUACGACUUCAAGCAGGGACGAGGUAGCAACGGCACGGCUGUUGAGGAUUUGUCGGGCAACAACUACCAUGCAACCUCGACGUGCGCGAUGGGCGACGAGGGUGCCAUUCUGGCGUCUUCGUGUAGCAUCACGACUCCGCUUACGCAAAAGGGGAGGAAUUACACUCUUUCUUUCUCGAUCAAGCCCACGUCCGACGCCAAGGGAGCCAUCUUCAGCGGUGGAGACAGCGGAUUGUGGUUUGGCAAUGGGACUGUGGACGCUGUCAUGCUCUUUUCAGGGGAGAGCACGUACGCGCUCAAUUACACGUUCCCCGUGGGGUCGUGGACAAACGCGAGCCUCAUUGGCAGGGGGAGACAGACGUUCCUAGACGUUGGGGACGGCGAGCCCAAGGAGUUUUUGACAAUCAUGGGCUGGAACGGGGCCCGGUUUGUCUGGCAGCCGAUUGCAGUGGAGGCGCCGUUGGCAACAGUCGGAGGCAGUGGAUUUGAGGGUGUCAUCAGCGGGAUGAAGCUGGUUGACCAUGCCUAG